AUGCUGAGAAUGAUGGCCCAGUGUGCUGCCAACAAGGGCAAUGAGUGCCGCAACCUGCACAAGCUGAUACAUAAGACUGGUAAAACACUCCCCGUCGAUAUCAGCUCAGAACCGACGAAAGUUGUCUUGCUCAGUGGCCGGCCUCGUGUGGCUACGAUCAGAUACCCAAUACUCUAUCUUUCAGCAUGGGCAAAGCAACUUUUCUCUACAGGAGGCCAAAUGCUUCUGGGGGGACACAGUUUGGAGGAUCCAGAUGCGUACUGCAGGAUGCUGAGGGUCUUUUGGCAGCGCUUUCGCCACGUGCGCCCGGAGCACGAUGUAUAUGAUCGGGCUGACGCAGAGGCUGGUUUUGACUUAGGUUUCUGUAUUCCUGUGGCCAUACAUGGCGACGAAGGAAGAGGCAAAUUGAAACGCCCGGUUAUGGUGCUCUCCUACCAGCCUCUGAUAUCCUUCAAGGGACCCCGGUUUGUCAACUCCAGUGGGCAUUCGUUUACAACUCGCUUGCUUUUUACAGUGGUCCCUUCGGAGAUGUACUACAAGCAGCAAACCAUUGACACGUUGCACGCCGCGAUGGUGCGAGAUUUGCAGAGCUUAUACUCGGACGGUAUCACUGUGUGGAAACAGCAAACCCUGAAAUUUCGCUUUGUGCCCGUUAUGUUGAAGGGAGACUGGCCAUAUAUUCGAGCCGCGGCACACUUGGCCACGGGGUUCACCAGCAAAAGGGUCUGUCACCUUUGCUCGUCGGAAGCUACUAGAUUUGGAUGA